GAGGGCGUUUCCGGUGCAGUUUGGGGUGGAUUCCCACCCCCGGCCAAGGACAGAGCGGAGAUGGCUGCCGUUGGCGCGGCGCUGAGGUCCGGGUUGCGUGGAGCCGUGGCUUUUCCGUCGCAGCAGCGAGCCUGGAGCUCGGGCUCCGACCAGCUGGGAGAGCUGGGGAAAGGUGCUGGGAAAGGCGGAGGCGGAGGCGGAACCAUUCGUGAAGCGGGAGGCGCCUUUGGAAAACGGCAAGUGGCCGAGGAAGAGCGCUAUUUCAGGGAGGCAGAGAGAGAAAAAUUGGCAAAUCUGAGAAAGCAUCAUGAAGAGGAAAUAUAUCAUCAUAAGAAAGAAAUAGAACGCCUGCAGAAGGAAAUUGAACGUCAUAAGUCCAAGAUCAAGAAGCUUGGUGAUGAUGAUUAAAUAGCUGUUGUCCUUAUUCGUGUGGUGCGUGACUGGCAUUACUUUGAAAACUGUAUUAGCCAGCAUACAAGAUCAUGCUCUUAACAGUGAAAUAAAUGGUUCACUCUC